CCCUUUCUGCCCCCACUGGGACUGCUUCCUUCCUUUCUGCAUUUCUUUAGCUGCAAGUCCACAGCUGUUGAACCCCACUCUGUCGUGGUGGUCAUGGGUGGCCUGGGCUGGAGGGUGAGGGAAUUUGUUUUCAGCCAGGACCAGAAGGGAAAUGCUGAGCUCAGGGGUCCCCUCCCUUUCCCACCCCUAGCUGCCUCUGUUUCCUCCCUCAUUCCCACUACCCUCCCUCAGCUUCCUGUACCCUUUGGCCUGCCCGUGUCCGGUUUGGAUUCAUCCAGACCUCCCCUUAUCUCCCUCCUUUCCUUCUCAGUCUUCCAUCCUUCCCUCCCACCCCCACUUUACUCCACCCCAGAUUACUAGCUGUUUGUAUGGGGGCAGGGAGUAUUGGAUACCUCUACCCCAGCCAGAAGUCCAGGUUGGGGUAGUGCUGGGGGCUCAGCCCCUCGGAGCCUGUGAGUCAGCACUGUCCUCGGGAUUGGUCUGUCCCCUCAGCUCCCCGCCCCUGGGGAGGAGCCAGGCGGCUCUAGGUCCAGCCUGUUCUCCACUCCGCCAAAGAAGAGGCUCCACGCUGGGCGGGGAUGGGGCCUGAAACUGUCCAAGUCUGAGCAGGGGGAGCUGGAGCCACUAGUCCCUCUCCCUCCCCAGGACUCUUGAGAUCCCUGGGCUAUAGAGGUCCAAUUAGGCCAAGGGCUUGGGGAUGCCCUCUGCCUGGCCCCCUUGCCCUGACUGGCAGGGGGGCCGGGCUGGGCAGCAGCCUUCCUCUGCCUCCAGCCAUGGAUCUCCUGCCCCCCAAGCCCAAGUACAACCCACUUCGGAAUGAGUCUUUGUCAUCGCUGGAGGAGGGGGCUUCAGGGUCCACCCCACCGGAGGAGCUGCCUUCCCCAUCAGCCUCGUCCCUGGGGCCCAUCCUGCCACCUCUGCCUGGGGAUGAGAGUCCCACCACUCUGUGCUCCUUCUUCCCCCGGAUGAGCAACCUGAAACUGGCCAACCCGGCUGGGGGGCGCCCGGGGCCUAAGGGGGAGCCAGGAAGGGCAGCCGAGGAUGGGGAAGGGAGUGCAGGGGCAGCCAUGCUGGACUCAGGCCCCCUGCCCCUCCUCCAGGACAUGAACAAGCUGAGUGGAGGCGGCGGGCGCAGGACUCGGGUGGAAGGGGGCCAGCUGGGGGGCGAGGAGUGGACCCGCCACGGGAGCUUUGUCAAUAAGCCCACGCGGGGCUGGCUGCAUCCCAACGACAAAGUCAUGGGACCUGGGGUUUCCUACUUGGUUCGGUACAUGGGCUGUGUGGAGGUCCUGCAGUCAAUGCGUGCCCUAGACUUCAACACCCGGACUCAGGUCACCAGGGAAGCCAUCAGUCUGGUGUGUGAAGCUGUGCCAGGUGCUAAGGGCGCGACAAGGAGGAGAAAGCCCUGUAGCCGCCCACUCGGCUCCAUCCUGGGCAGGAGUAAUCUGAAAUUUGCUGGAAUGCCAAUCACUCUGACCGUCUCCACCAGCAGCCUCAACCUCAUGGCCGCAGACUGCAAACAGAUCAUUGCCAACCACCACAUGCAAUCUAUCUCGUUUGCAUCCGGCGGGGAUCCGGACACAGCCGAGUAUGUCGCAUAUGUUGCCAAAGACCCGGUGAACCAGAGAGCCUGCCACAUUCUGGAGUGUCCCGAAGGGCUUGCUCAGGAUGUCAUCAGCACCAUUGGCCAGGCCUUUGAGUUGCGCUUCAAACAAUACCUCAGGAACCCACCCAAGCUGGUCACCCCCCAUGACAGGUGAGCGGAUGAGGAGGGUGUGGGGCAG